UAUAGAUAAUUUUGUCACCUUCUAGGCAAAUUAUAAUUAUACAGGUCCUAGUUUGAUAAGUUGGUCUAUAAAUCAAACCAUCACCACAUUAUUUUUCUCCAUGCUCAACCCUUCUCAAACCAUCUGCCACACAAACAUGCUAAAACCACAAGCCAACCACCACCACACAAAGUGUCCUCAAUCCUUACUCACAGGGCAGCACAAGGUGGUGGUGGUGGCGGCCGGAGAUGGCAUCACUCGUGGUGUUGAUAGUAGGAGCGCUAUUAGCGCUCCUACUGUCCGCUUCCUCUCUCUCAAAAACCAUCGUUUACCUAUAAAACGCAACUUGGGCUUCCAUGCAACACGACCAUCCCAUCAAAUCAUGGCCAUCGCGACUGAUAAGUCUAGCCCGACCACCACCACAACGUCCACCAAGGUGAAAGCUAUUAUCACUGUUCAAGUAACCAUGGGUGGACUCUUGUCAAGUAUAGGGAUAACCAAAGGACUUGAUGAUCUUACAGAUUUGCUUGGUAAAUCUAUCCUUUUGGAGCUUGUUGCAGCCGAUGUGGACCAUAAGACGGGAUUAGCAAAGGACACGAUAAAACAUUACGCGCAUCGUUCAACAAAGUUGAAAGAAACGAAGUAUGAGGCUGACUUCGAGGUACCAACCGAUUUUGGUGAAAUUGGAGCGAUUUUGAUAGAAAAUGAACAUCACAAAGAGAUGUAUAUCGAGUCGAUUGACCUCCAAGGUUUUCCAAAUGGCACCAUUACUAUCAAUCCUAAUUCUUGGGUUCACUCCAAGUUUGAUAAUCCUGAGAAACGAAUAUUCUUCACUAACAAGUCAUACCUACCGUCGCAAACUCCGAGCGGUUUAAAGGAUUUGCGAGAGAAAGAUCUUGCAAGUCUUCGUGGAGAUGGUGUCCCUGAUGGUCCUCGCAAAAAGCACGAUAGAAUAUACGAUUACGAUGUGUACAAUGAUCUCGGUGAUCCUGACAAGAAGCCGGAACUCGCUCGUCCCGUGCUCGGAACCAAGGAUCUUCCUUAUCCUAGGCGUUGCAAAACUGGCCGUCCUCGCACUAAAUCAGAUCCUUUAUCAGAGUCAAGGAGCAGUGGUGUUUAUGUACCAAGGGAUGAGGCGUUUUCCGAGUUGAAAAACGUGACUUUCUCGGCUAAAACUGUAUACUCUCUUAUGCAUGCGGUUUUGCCUUCGAUACGAACAAACAUGCUUGACAAAGAGCUCCCCUUUCCACAUUUCAAGUCAAUAGAUUCUCUGUUCAACAAAGGGCUGCAUUUGCCUCAGUUAAAAACAAAAGGAUUUAUUGGAAAAGCCAUGCCUCGACUGCUGAAGUUUGUUGAAGAUACCCAACGUAAUGUCUUGCUCUUCGAGACCCCUGCAUCUUUGAACCGGGAUAAAUUUAGCUGGUUGAAGGAUUCAGAAUUUUGUAGACAGGCCCUUGCUGGUCUUAACCCGUGUGGCAUUCAGUUGGUCAAAGAGUGGCCUCUGAAAAGUACACUUGACCCUGAGGUGUAUGGGCCACCCGAGUCAGCAAUUACAAAAGAGAUGGUUGAGCAAGUGAUAGGUGGCAUCAUUCCUCUUGAGCAGGCUAUAGAACAGAAGAAGCUUUUCAUUAUAGAUUACCAUGACUUGCUCAUGCCAUAUGUGAACAAAGUUAGAGAGAUUAAAGAUAUGAGAACAACUUUAUAUGGGUCAAGAUUAUUGAUGUUCUUAACUCCGUCUGGAACCUUGAGACCGAUAGCCAUUGAGUUAGUUCGGCCACCUGGCAAUGGGAAACCGCAGUGGAAGCAAGCAUUCACCCCCGCUUGGGAUUCAACUGGAGCUUGGCUCUGGAAGCUGGCUAAGAUGCAUUUUCUUGCUCAUGACACAGGGAUCCACCAGCUUGUAAGUCAUUGGCUAAGAACUCAUGCUUGUACUGAGCCAUACAUAAUUGCAACUAACCGCCAACUUAGCGCAAUGCACCCAAUCUAUAGACUUUUGCAUCCUCAUUUUCGUUACACAAUGGAGAUUAAUGCUUUAGCUAGGGAAUCCCUCAUCAACUCCGCCGGGAUCAUUGAAACCUGCUUUUCACCAGGGAAAUAUUCUAUAGAGUUGAGUUCAGUCGCCUACGGUCUACUAUGGCGGUUUGAUCAACAAGGACUACCUGCGGACCUAAUCAGCAGGGGUUUGGCUGAAGAAGAUCCAUAUUCUCCACAUGGUUUAAAGCUAGCCAUCGAAGAUUAUCCAUAUGCAAACGACGGUUUAGUCCUUUGGGACGCGAUUAAAGGUUGGGUUACCAACUAUGUCACCUACUACUACCCUGACCCGAAUCUUGUAACAUCCGAUAACGAGCUUCAAUCAUGGUGGACGGAGAUUCGAACCGUCGGUCACGCAGACAAAAAAGAUGAACCAUGGUGGCCCAUUUUAGAAACACCACAAGACCUCAUAAAAAUCCUCACAACAAUGAUAUGGGUCACUUCUGGUCACCAUGCAGCGGUCAACUUCGGACAAUAUGAUUAUGGAGGUUAUGUUCCAGGCCGGUCCACCAUUGCCCGGGUUACAAUGCCAUGUGAAGACCCGACAGACGAAAGAUGGGAAAGAUUUAAGGAUAAUCCUGAACUUGAACUAAUGGCUACUUUUCCUUCUCAGCUUCAAGCUUCACAAAUCAUGUCGGUUUUGGAUGUGUUGUCUACUCAUUCUCCGGACGAAGAAUAUAUGGGUCAGAAAAUGGAACCAUCAUUCGAGUUAGAGCCGAAGAUAAAAACGGCUUAUGAAGUGUUUGCAGGGAGGUUGAAAGAACUGGAAGAUAUUAUUGAUGCUAGGAAUGCUGAUCCUAAUCUGAAGAACAGGCAUGGUGUUGGUAUUCCUCCAUACCAACUUCUAAAACCUUUUUCUAAACCUGGUGUGACAGGAAUGGGAGUCCCUAAUAGUAUUUCCAUCUAAAAACUUAUGUAGUAUAGAUUUGAUAGUGGUUUAGUAUCUUUGGUUUUAGGGGUUUUUAGAAACCGUUGAAACCAUCCGAACCGCUCAAACUGAAGCAAGUCGGCUGGUUUGAGCUCCAAACGGUUUGGUUUUUGCGGUUCAACCCGUUUUGAAACUUGGAACCUUCUGUUUAAUAUAUGUUAUAUACUUUUUCUUUUUUAUU